AUGAAAGGAAUAUUUAACUGGUUAAACCCGAAUUUCACGUACAGACAGUUUCUACACUACAUUAUCACAGGGAAUACUACGCAUUAUAAGUCUAUAUACGAAGAAAUAGAAGUAAAAAGAAGAAUAAUACAAUAUUUUAAAAAAGCAAAAUAUAUUACACAAUGUAGAAUAAGUAAUAGACUAAAUAAUAGUACAAAUACAGCAGAGUCCAUACCAGAACAUAUAAUACAACACACUAAAAGACAUAAGCAUAUUAAACCAAUUAAUACACGAGAAAAGUAUACAGAACUUUCUAUACAAUGUAUUAUAGAAGAUAAGUCAUACUGUAUACCCUGCAGAAGGACUAUCACAGACAAAAUGCGAAUAAGGCAUAAUAACUCAAAAAUCCAUGAAAAUCAAAAAUCUGUUUAUUUAAAAAUGUCGUUACAACAAAUAAAAAUUUUAGAUGAAAUAUUUUAUAAAAUAUUUUACAAUAACAAGCAAUACCUUAAAUACUUACUAAAAAAGGAAAUAAAAACCGUUAAAAUCGAAAAAAUAAGUAUAACCCCAUAUAAAACAACAAAAAAGAAGACUUCUUUAAAUUACACCUGUAAUAUAUGCAAUAACACAUUUUAUCAAGAAAACGCGUUUAUCAGGCACUUCACACAAAAAGAGCAUAAAUUUUCACUUGAAAAAUUUAAAUUAAAAAAUAAAAAAGAAUUUACUGGAAUAACGGAAAAAGAAAACAAUAAAAAAAAGAAUAUCACUAUAUAA